UAUGAAGCUCCCUGGAUUGUUUAGAUAGCCUUGUUCUUCUCCCUUAGCCUUCUGAGACAUGAGCUUUAGAGAUAGUCGAUACUACGACUGAUACUGCCUGCAUCGGUGGCCUUGCUCUUGAGGGUUGAGAGAGGCACGGGAUCCGCGAAAACUUUUCCGAUCUCAUAAAUUCUGAAUCUUUUACCCCGACGCCAGGACCCCAGGCACGUCGAGGUUCGACUCUGGCCACCAAUAGUUCUCUUGCCUUCCAGAUGAUCCGAGUUUUAGUUCGACAUGCUAUUUGGCCAGUGACUAACUAAGGCGCGCCUCCACCAGUCUUUAUUCUUUCUGGCUCAUGCGGCAGAAGAAAAAGCUGCGUUUUCCCGAGGGUUAAAAAAAGGGAAAAUCUCCUAUCAGUCAAUAGAAAAAAGUCCUACACCUUGCCGUCGUCUUCUUCCUCCUCCCCCUUCUUCUUUUCUUUUAUUUUAUCAUAGUAGUACUUGUUGAUUUGCAUGUUGAGAGGGAGUGUUUUUGCCGACUCGCUUCCCCAACCGGAACUCCCCCCUCCGACUAUAGAUCUCCAGUUUUUAAUUCCGAGUGGAGUCUAUAUAAGAACAUCGUUAUUUGUUCACUCCUCCAGCCUAGAAGCAUCUUCACGCCACACCACAGUUUCGGUGGCCAGCGCAAAAUGGGCGAUCCCAGCGCUUCACAGGACCCCGAACGCUUGUCGCGACACGCCACACGUCGGUCUGCCGCGACGUCUGCGAGGAAAUCAAGAUGGUGGCGCAUACACUUCUUCCGAGGCAUGAUUCACGACAUUAAGAGGAGAGCUCCGUUCUUUAUAAGUGAUUGGACCGACGCGUGGGACUAUCGAGUGGUUCCGGCGACAGUUUAUAUGUUCUUUGCCAACAUCCUGCCGGCCCUGGCCUUCUCGUUGGAUAUGUUUGAAAAAACCCACCAGAACUAUGGCGUGAACGAAGUCCUGCUCGCAUCGGUGCUUGGAGCAGUGGUGUUUUCCUUGUUCGCUGCCCAGCCGCUUGUCAUUGUCGGUGUCACUGGUCCGAUCACGGUCUUCAACUACACGGUUUAUGAUAUCAUCGCCCCGCGAGGCACCAAUUACUUGGGCUUCAUGGCAUGGAUAGGCAUAUGGUCACUGAUUAUGCACUGGAUCAUCGCCAUUACCAAUAUGUGCAAUGGAUUGACAUACGUCACUCGAUUCUCAUGCGACAUUUUCGGGUUCUAUGUAGCGUUCGUCUAUCUCCAGAAGGGAAUCCAGGUCCUCACCCGACAAUGGGGUUCAGACGGGGAGACAUCCGCAUAUCUCAGCAUCAUGGUGGCAUUGCUAGUUCUCAUGAGCGGUUGGGUCUGUGGUGAAAUCGGCAAAAGCAGCCUCUUCCAUCGCUGGGUUCGAAAGUUCAUCGAGGACUACGGCACCGUACUGACCAUCGUCUUCUUCACGGGCUUUGUUCACUUCGGACAUAUGCGUGACGUGAGCGUCUCGACUCUCCCGAUCAGCAAAUCCUUCUUUCCCACAGCGGACCGUGGCUGGCUGGUGCGCUUCUGGGAUCUCAGCGUCGGCGAUAUCUUCCUCGCUAUCCCAUUCGCCUUGCUGUUGACGAUCUUGUUUUACUUUGACCACAACGUCUCCUCGCUCAUCGCACAAGGCAGCGAAUUUCCCCUGCGGAAACCCGCCGGAUUCCACUGGGACAUGUUCCUCCUGGGGAUCACCACAGGAGUGGCAGGAAUCCUGGGCCUGCCAGCGCCAAACGGACUGAUCCCACAAGCGCCCUUCCACACAGCGUCGCUAUGCGUCACGCGACACGUCGCGGACGAGAACGAAGAAAACAAGGGCAAAGUGGUGCGAGUGAUAGAUCACGUCGUCGAACAGCGGUUCAGCAAUCUCGCACAGGGAAUAAUGACACUCGGCACCAUGUCCGGGCCCCUGCUGAUUGUCAUCCAUCUGAUCCCGCAGGGCGUCUUAGCCGGGCUCUUCUUCGUCAUGGGCGUCCAGGCCCUGGAGGGAAACGGUAUCACCCAGAAGCUGAUCUUCCUAGCCCAGGAACACGGGUUCACUGCUUCAUCGCAUCCGCUGAAGCGUUUGGAACGCCGCUGGUCCAUCUGGCUGUUUGUCAUUAUUGAACUUAUUGGUUUCGGUGGCACCUUUGCCAUCACCCAGACUAUCGCUGCUAUUGGGUUCCCUGUUAUUAUCUUGCUGCUUAUUCCCGUCCGCGCCUUCUUGUUCCCGUGGGUUUUCUCCCCAGAGGAACUUAACGCGCUGGACGCUCCCACGGCUAGUCCGUUUACUAUGGAGAGUGUGGGUGGCGUGCAUGGCUACAAUGAGGAAUUACCGACCGUGUAUGAUCACCCGGAUAUGAGGGAUGAGAAGGGUCCCACCGGGGGCAGCAGUAGUGGGAGACCAGGAAAUUCAUCCCAGGGCCAGGGCGAGAGCGACCUCGAACGAGGCGAUUUAUUCGAGCCACAGGACGAUUCCGCCGCUCGGAGACGAAAAAAUGAAUCCUCUGUUUAAUAGCUAUCGAUUUAAAAGCAAGACUACCUCGGCCCGGGUAGAAUACACUAGAUAUUGUUCGGGGCAUGGCAUAUAGAAGCUCUUACCGGAUCUCGAAUGAUCGUCAUUUGGUUUAGAUAAUGCAUAGUACUUAAUAGAGUCCCAUUUGUUUGUUAAACUAGCGUCAAAUGAUCUCCUCAGUAACCCCAUUUUUGGGUCAACGCUAGAUCCGACGACAUGCUCCACUACGACUGGAGAUCAUGCUCGCCACAGAUGCUAGCAAGUACACGGACAUUGUGCCUAAUAGAGAAGGGUUCAUGCAUGGAAAAGCCGUGGUUUAACCUUAU